AUGAGUUUAGCCCUGCAGCGCGCCGACUCCGGCGACCGCUGCCUCCGGAGCCUCCCUCGCGCGGUGCUGACGGCGGUGGCGUUGUGCGUGACAGCAGCAUCGGCGAGUGAAUCGUGGGUACCUGUAGAGGCCAACGGCUGCCAAGGCCCUUGCUGGAGGCCCUCCGGACUGUUCCCAGACCCGGCCGACUGCUGCGGCUUCUUUAGUUGUGCGUCGUGCCGCGCCUACCGACUGCGCUGCGCACCGGGCACCGUGUUUGACCGGCGCUUGGGGCUCUGCAACCACCCUCACGAUGCACCCGUCUGCCUGGCACCCAACCCAGGGUGCUACCUGUACUACAUAAGCUCGUCACUCAGUGGGAAAAAAUGAAACUGCAGCGGCCAGCAGCAACGAUAUAAAGAACAGCAACAACUCACAAAGCUAAGGAGCUGCCUUCGUGAUCCUCGAAGAAAGUGGCGGACCCGACGAGCGCAG